AUAACAACACAUAGUGCCCGCUCUUUGAGUGGGUUGUAGGGAGCACGGAUGUAGCCGUGCGCGGAGCAACAGGGAUCAGUGAUAAUGUAUGGAACGGCGUCUGUGGUCGCCUGACUAUUCUGUCCCCCUAUCACAAUAGAGCCAGGUUUGCUUUAGCCUUUGUAUAGUUUACACGGAUCGGUUGGACCAAAAUCGUGGCGCCAUCUUGGGUCCCCGCCUCCGAUCCCGUCCGUUGCCAUGGUGACUAUUGUGAGCACGUCACUUGAGGGACGACAGCCGCCGUGCCGCACAGGUGUCACAUGUCAUACCGCCGCAGUCAGGCCAAGGACCCUGUCGGACUUUUUUUUCUCUCCCUCCCGUGGGUUUCCCUCGGCAAACGAUCCACCCUACGAUGGGUGAUGACGACCUACGUGAGACAGUCUUCUCAGACGACGUCGCGAGCACAAGACCACACCGUCUUGGCAAAAGACAAGGAAGAGACUGGCUAACGGUCCGGCCGCAGUAGCUAGUACUAGCGCUUAGGCUAGGUUAGAGUUAGGGUGCUGUAACAACGCAAGGGUACUACCACAACCGACGUGCUGUUCCCAAACGGCGAAAAUACCUGGUGGAUUCCUACCCUUGGAGCGUAUCAAGCGAUCCACGACAACUAGUGACGGGAAAAAAGGAGGAACUAUUCCCCGAUAGUACUUCCCUCCUGAUGAUAUAGUCUUAGAGAAAAAAAAGCGUUAACCAUGGCAAGUAGACAUUGGAGGAGUGUUGACGAGGAGGUAAACUUUAUUAUCCAGGACCUGAGCGGGUCUGGUGGUGUGACGAGGCGGGCCAGCGCUCCGGACAUCACCCGGAGGAGACUCAGUCUGCCCGCCGAUAGGAGAGCAGCCGGGGAGCCCGAACGGAACGGACCGGGCACCGGGCACAGAGAUCUGCAGAACGCGCUUCAGGUUAUCCAGAAGACAAUCGUGGCCAUGUCGGAGCCCCGCCCUCCCCCGAGGACCACGUCAAUCUCGUCCAUCCCGGACGCAGGCUCCGGAGGCUCGCCCAAGUACCCCGGGCAGAUGGAGCGCGGCCAGAUGGCUGAUUACGAGGCUACCUUCAUGGCACUCGAGCGAGAGAACGAAAUAUUAAAGAGUAAGUUGCAGAACGCCAUGCGGAGGGAGAUCCAGGCUCUGCGCACCAGUAAGAAACUAGCCCGGGACAACCACAAACUGAAGCAAGUCGUGCUGAAACAAGAGGAAGCAGGGCACGGGCAACAAGGGCAUCUGUCUCUACCCAAGCACGCAAAUCUCUCGUCCGCCGCGCGAUGCCGGUCUCCGAUCGACAUGGAGGCGCCCAUGGUUGUCGGGAACGGACAACAACAACAACAACAGGGACCACCACAACUGCCCAUCCACCACGAGAGGAGCAACUCUGGGGACGACACGCUCUCGUACCCAAGGGACGACUCGGAUAGCGCCAUCGUCAUGGAGAGCGACAUGUCUCAAAGGCAUCCAAGUGACAGUGACGACACCUCAGGGUCCGGGGACGACCGCCAUCUUGAAAUGUCAAGGACGAGGAAAGGUCAAACCCCCGCCCGGAGCGUGUCCGUGGUUAUAGAGCGACAACGUGGCCUGCAUGUUGCGUCACCGGCAGGUCAGGGCAACAAGAACAUUUACGGACAGCUGGAGAUCACCGGAGAUCGUCAUGACGUCAGGUUCCCAUGGCAACGCGAUGUCGCCACCCAGUGUGACUUUAGUGCUGACGUCAUGUGUACCCGCUGUGCGAUGGUCAUCAGAGAGGAGGAUGAAGGUGUUGAGAAAGAGAACAUGCCAGCCGGACAACCAACUGUCGUCCGUAGAGAGAAGAGUAAAAUACAGAUGGCUAGAACCCGGCCUGCUUCGGCCGACUGGUCUACCAGGUACACGAGAACGCUUGAGAACAGUAACUUCAGGCCCUCCAACGUGGCUAGACCGAGGCUACUCGCUGAAGAGCUCACCGACGAUGUGCAACGACGGAGAGCUGAGGCCGCUCGGAUGUCCUUCGCCAGGCGGACAAACCUGUCCAUGGACGCGGCAUCCGAACCUUUACAGGUGGUGAACCUGAGAGAACCCGGGCAGGGUAGACGGGGCGAGCGGCCGAUGUCGGACGGAUGGGCCGACCAAAAACUCCAGUACGGCAGCGUUCCCUCUGAGAGCUUGUACUUCCAGCCUUCCAGCGACUCCCCAAGAGUUGUACGAAGGCAAGCGGCCGAGAGCAAUGCGCACAGGAUGAGGCCAAUGUCGGCGGACUGGUCCAACGUUUCCACCAGUUGGGGUCCGCCAGUCAAACCUCAAAACUCAGGCUCCGACCCUGAAAUCAGGGCGCGGGUGUUCGCGCCAGAGGCGCCGCCGCCCAUGGACUUUCAACAGCCUGAAUCAAAACACUUGAACAGGACAACAUCACUUCCGCCAGCCGCUUUCAGGGAUCAACACAAGCAGCUCCAUGGCGUCGGUGUCAGCACGGUGGAGGAGGAGGAUGACGGCCCGUCGGCUGACGACAGCUCCCCCAAACGGGCCAACAAAGGGUCGGCGUCUCCCAACACGGACGACGGCUCUUCGGACGAUAACUCUGCUAAGGGCACGGACGAUGACACUCCAAGAAAGCGCCGGCAGAAGAGAGCGCUGAGGCGGCGGAGCUCGCUGAUCGUCAGCCUGCCCGGACUCCAGGUGUCGCCGGGAGAUCUGCUGGUGUGUGAGCCCGGGGACUACCACGACGGACAGGCGGCAAUAGCAGCUCUUAAAGACAGACAUAGGGGGUCCGCUGCUAAUCUACUAGAAGACGAGAAAAAGACCAAGUCCGCAUGGUCCUUCCUGAAGACCAACUUCACCAAGAGUAAGGAGAAGGAGGAACGGAAGAAGAAUACGGCCUUGGAGGUCGCCCUGACCACCAUCAAACAACGCGACCUUGGAGAGCACCAUCUUUACGCCUACAAGGACUCUCAUUGGACGGACCUGAUGGCCACCUCGGAGCUGGGCUUACCUUCCCUGCCUCUGACGGAGAUGGAGAAGAAGCGGCGCGAGGCAGUCUGGGAACUCUUUACGUCAGAGUGUGUGUACCUGCUGGACCAUCUCCUCAUCCUCAAAUAUGUGUUCCUAGAACCCUUGCUAGAACUCCAGGAACAGGGUCACGUGGCCUUCGUGGACACACCCAAGCUUUUCGCAAAUCUAGACGAGCUCUGUCAGGUGAGCUCGUGGUUCUGUAAGGAGUUGCUGAAUAACCUGUUGAAUAACGUGACUCCCAUGGAGUUCGGCAGCACGCAGGCCGUGGUCAAUGCCUUCAACUCGUUUGGGAACCGGGUAUGUCCGCCCUACCAGCGAUACUGCCUCAACUACUCCAGUGCUCUCUCCUACAUGGUGGAACUGAGGAAGAACGAAGACUUCAAGGAAUUCAUCCAGUGGUGUGAACAGGACCCGCGGUGCAAUCGGCUGAAGUUGUCGGACCUGCUGGUGGCGCCCAUGCAGCACCUGACCAAGUUCCCGCUCCUGCUCAAGGACAUCCGCAAACGGACCGAGGACGCGGACGACAAGACAUCGCUAACCGCAACCAUAGAAUCCGUGGAGGAGUCUAUAAGAGAGCUUGAGGGGAAGGUGAAGUGGCUGACCAACUUUGAGCGUCUACAGGAGCUGCAAGAACUCAUCGAGUUCCCUGCCAUAGACCAGGAAACAAAGGCGUAUGUGCCAGAGUUUCUGAGAGCAACUCUGAUGAAGCAAUCCCACCAGAACAUCCUGGCUGAUCCAACAAGACAGCUUCUAUAUGAGGGAUCACUGUGCAUGCUAGAAAACGGGAAGCCAGUAGAUGUGUAUCUGUUCCUGUUUGAUGAUUUGUUGCUUAUAACGAAGAUGAGGAAAAAUGCAGGGAAAAAGAAACAAUCCAUGGACCAGUUCUCCCAUGGCACCAUAUCCUCUGUUUCUUCGCGGAAGGGUUCCCUGAUGCACAAGGACGGACCAGUCUUCACUGUGUACAGACAACCUGUGCCUCUGGACAGGCUGGCCAUACAUGAUGUCGACAUUCCACAGUCUGUUGCUACAGGCCUGAAGCACGCCUUUGUGCUGGUCCAUGAGAACCGGUUUCAGCACGCUGCGGCUGUCCUGACCCUGCAGGCCUCCAGCGAACCCAUGAAGGCCACAUGGCUGGCCAACCUGAACAGCGCCAAGGACAACUGGAGGGAGUUCCUGGACAGCCAGGACCAGCAGGGACAGGACAGCGCUGCUGGGGAGAAGUAAUUAUAACGACCAGACCGUCUGAUAAUUCACCACCAA